AUGGCAUCCCCUCCGCCAUCAAAGGCCCUGGCCAAGCGGUCAGAUGGCCAGCUGAUGCCUCCCCCACCACCACCUAAACGAAUCAAACGCCCCGCAACCGUCCUCGACGAAGACAUCUACACCAACACACUCUCUCACAUCAUCGCCCGCGAUUUCUUCCCCGGUCUAUUAGAAACACAAGCCAAGCAGGAGUACCUCGAUGCGCUAGACUCCAAGGAUAAAGCAUGGAUUACCAGCUCCAAGAAACGACUUGCAGAUGUUAUGCGCACGCCGACACCGGGCUCAAAUGCACGACGGAAGACAGACUCGGGCUCUGUGGCGGGUACACCGAUGCAUUUCCCGGCCGGUCGAUCGGAUGAAACUCCCCUUGGAUGGGGAGGGGAUACGCCCAUGUCUGUCGCAUCUACUGCGACUUCUGCCACGACGAGUCAAGGCCGGGAUAUCCCCGAUGUCUCGAACAUGGGAUUGACAACCUUUCAGGCCAAAUAUACCAGUGAAGACAACGAAUCCUUCAACAAAGUCCUCGACAAACAAAACACAAAAAAGCGCGAGAAAUAUGCUUUUCUUUGGAAUGAUAAUAAGAUUCCCUCUGCGCGUCAGAUCGCCCAUCACCAGCGGGAAGUCAAGCGCAUUACUGCGGCAGGUGGCAACCCGGAAACCAGCCUCGUGAAGCGGGAUGAUUCCGAACCCGCUAUCAAAACAGAUCUCGACGCACGCCCAGCAAGACCUGAUGCCUGGAAAUCCCGCCCAGACAACGGGCUAAUGUUCCUCCCAUCUUCAAUCGAAGAUACCCACGAGACACUCCACCAACAAGCAGAGGCCGCCUCCCGCGCAGGUCCAAAACGAACACUCUAUCAAAAUACCCGUCUACUCGAUGUAGACGCUGCCGCUGCAGCAGACGCUGCAUCAUCCAUCCCAGCUUCACCCUCAUUAUCCGCAAUCAAAGAUGCCAUCGCCGGCCGACCACAUCUCAGUGAAUCCGAAGCCUCCGCAGUCCCAGGCGGUGAAACACCCCGCGUCAAUGGCUACGCCUUUGUCGACGAAGACGAACCCGAACCCGAGCUGGAACCCGGAGAUCAAGAUCCCCUUGAAGCAGACUGGCGUCUCCUAGGGAGAUCAGCAGAUACAACCCCAAACCCCUUCCAACUCCGCGAAACUCGCAAACGCGAGGCUUUACACUACCGCAUGGUCGAUCGCGUCUCACGCUCUAAACGCGCGGAAAAAGCAGCCCGUGCCAUGAAAACGCCUGUUACUGCUACCCCGCGCUUUGCUAGUAGUCCGCGCCUGGACUUUGGACUUCGUGGGACGCCUGGUGGUGUAGGGGUUGGACCUGGUGGUCAGGGUAAGAUGCUGACGCCCGCGGCGCAUAAGUUGUUGUCGCAGGUUGGUGGGAGUACGCCGCGGGGAUUAGGGUCGGGGGAGGGGAAGGGGAAGUCGGGGUUGGGGAAUAUGUGGACUCCGACGCCGCGCCGGAAGUAG